CCCGAAUAUUAUAGUUUCGCCAUGCGAUUAAAGCGACAUCUAUAUCCGGGGCGCGCUGGGAAAAUAAACUGAAAAAUGGCAGACAGUGAUGAAGAAUAUGAUAGAAGAAAAGGACGAGACAAGUUCCGAAGAGAAAGGAAUGAUUACGAGCGCCGUGGUGAUGACCGACGCAGAGAACCCAGAGAAAUUUGGGAAUUAGACAGAUCUGCUGGUAGAUCCAGGGAAAUAUGGAACAGUCGAAGUGGGGGUCGUGAUCGUCGUGACAACUAUCGGGAAUAUGAAUCACGGAGACGAGAACGAGGCUAUAGUCCCAGUGGACGGAGAGAAAUGAGUCCACCAAAUGCGAAACGUAUGCGUCGCGAUAACUGGUACAAGGAGGAGGGUGGCAGUGGGGGGAGUGGAUAUCCCCAGUAUGACAUGGGAGGUGGUGGCUAUGGAGCAAGGCCGAUGCAUGGAGGUGGUAUGCCCCCGCAGAACUGGGGACAUGGUCACGAGAUGAGUGGCAAUAUGCCCCCUCAGCAACAAGGAGGAGGUAGUUUUAACCAAGGGGGCCAUAACAGGGAUUCCGAUCUACCGUCUCAGCCCUCGAUGAUGUCUUUCAAACAGUUCCUAUCACAACAAGAUGACAGCAUCAGUGACCAGGAAGCCAUUAAAAAGUACAACGAGUAUAAAAUGGACUUCAAACGACAACAGACACAUGAGUUCUUCCUAGCUCACAAGGAGGAAGAAUGGUUUAAGACGAAAUAUCAUCCUGAGGAGUGUGAAAAACGACAGGAAGAAGUAAAAAUAUCAUUGCGGCAACGAUGUCGGGUUUUUACGGAGCUCCUACAGGCAGGGCGGCUAGAGGGAGUCACAUGUGAUACUGAUAGAUCGGAACAAAUUGUUAAACUUUUGGAUGCAGCGGUGAUAAAGAUGGAAGGAGGUGAAGACUUUGACUUGACUAUUCUAGAUCAACCUGAUCAAGAGGACGGCGGUUCACGCAGUAGAAACAAUUCAGAGUCGGUCAACGCUGAUCAGAGUCCAGAUGAGAAAAAAAGAAGACGCGAAAGUUCAAAGGAUAAGAAACCAGAUGAACCCCUGAAACUUCCGAUUUCUGCGGAACAGAAAGAGCUUAUGAAGAAAGCACAGGAGUUUUCCAAACAGCAGCAAGCUAAAAAUGGUGACCAGGUAUGGAGUAUAUGUAGAAUGAUAGAUUCUUACAAUAGAGAAAAGAAACCCAAAAAGAAGAAAAGACAUCGUGACAAAACAGAGUAUAGCUAUGAGAGUGGUUCAGAAUCUGAAAGUGGCACAGGUUCAGAAUCUGAGCCAGAACCAGCCCCCCCUGGGCUCGAGGACGAACCGCCGGCACCAGGUUUGGAGUCAUCAACCGACUCUGUCAGUAUUCCUGGUGUUUCCUCUUCCACUGAGGAGGCUACAAAGCAGGAGGACACAAAGAAAGAAGAUGAAGCUGUUGAGAAUGAAAAAGAUGAAGACACAGCCCAGGCAGAAGUUGAAGGGGAGACAACACCCGACUCUCCCAAACCUCGUGCUCUCCACAAGACUUGUUCUAUUUUCCUUCGAAACCUUGCACCAUCUAUUACAAAGCAGGAAGUUGAGGCAAUGUGUAAACGCUAUCCAGGCUUUAUAAGAGUUGCUCUUCAAGAUCCUCAGCCAGAAAGGAACUUUUUCCGUCGGGGAUGGGUGACAUUUGAACGGGAUGUAAAUAUUAAGGAAAUUUGCUGGAAUCUCAACAACAUUAGGUUGAGGGAUUGUGAGCUUGGGGCGACAUUAAAUCGAGAACUCAAACAGCGUGUGCGUCCUAUCAAUGGACUGACAGCUCACAGACAGAUUGUCAAAGGAGACAUCAAGAUCGCAGCCAAGGUCAUACAUAAUCUCGACAAGAAAUGGUGCAUUUGGGACGACCCUGAGGGGGAAAAGGGAGAUAAAUCAAAAGAGUCAUACAGUCUGAUGUCAAAGAACCCUGUCCUCAAGAACAUUACUGACUAUCUAGUAGAGGAAGGUAGCUUUGAAGAGGAAGAACUUUUGGGUCAAUCUUUUGAUGAAAAUGAGAAGGAAACUCCAGGAGAAACAGGCAUCGAGAGAGACGAAAAUAUCAUCAAGGCUUUAGACAGAAUGAUCCUGUAUCUGCGAAUUGUACAUUCAAUUGACUACUAUAGUGCUAACGAGUACCCUAAUGAGGAUGAAAUGCCUCACCGAUGUGGUAUCAUGCAUGCACGCGGACCUGCACCUCUAAAUAAACUGUCUGCGUCAGAAACUGCGGAAUGGACUAAGAGUUUUGAAGAGAAGCACAAAGUAUUUGCAGAACCACAAGACUUAUUAGCCGAGGCUGAAGCAGCUAAACUUGGAAAGAAAGACCCAGAAGCUGAGGUUGAGAAAUUUGUGACAGCUAACACCCAGGAGCUGGCCAAGGACAAGUGGCUGUGUCCAAUGAGUGGAAAGAAAUUCAAGGGUCCAGAAUUUGUCCGCAAACAUCUCUUCAACAAGCACGCGGAGAAGGUUGAGGAAGUGAAAAAAGAGGUAACAUUUUUCAACAAUUACCUCCUGGAUCCAAAACGACCUUCUUUACCCGAACACCCUGGCAACAAACAGGGGGCAAUGCCAACCUCAAGCAGUCAGAAUCAGUUUGGUGGUCACGGACCAUCUAAUUUCCAGGCACCACCACAGCAAGGCAUGAUGGGAUAUGGCCAACCACGUCAUCAAAUGAUGUUUGGUAAUAACCAAGGGCAACAGUCCUUUGGAAACCAAGGCUAUGGGGCACGGGGAGGCAACGAACCAUACAGAGGUGACCCGUACAGAAGAUCACCAUACCAAAACAGUUUUAAUCGAUCAAGUUCAUAUAAAGGGAAGUGGAACAAUGAACAUCGCAGAUCUGAUCCAAGAGGAAUAAUAGAGUACAGGGACCUGGAUGCACCAGACGAUGCCGACAUUUUUUAACUUAACUUUGCUGUUUCUUAUAUAGAGAUAGGACGGUCUUGGAAGAUGAACACACUCGAUUGCUGGUGGUGUUUCUUAUUGAAGUUCACUUGUUCAUCUGUGUGAAGAGAAAUUAUGGAACUAAGUUUGACAAUGAUGCACUUUGAAAUGCUAUAUUGAGCUGGAAGUUCAAAUUUAAUAUUUGAAAUCGGGAUAUUAUCAUCAAAUCAAGGUUGAGAGAGCAUAAUUUGUAUUGUCUGGACAGAAGAAAACCAAUAUUUGCGGGUUGUUGGUAGUGUUUUCGUCCUCUGUGACGCCGCUGAACUAAUAUAUUGUCAACUGGCUUGGACAUACAAUGUUGAAACAAUCGUUUUAAGUUUUAAGUGAAUAUUUUGUGUAUUUUAGGAACAGCUAAUUGCUUUCAUGACUUGAUAUUUUCGGACUAUCCAGGGAAUUUUCAUCAGUUAUCAUCAUCAUCAUCAUCAUCAUCAUCAUUUUCUGCAAUUAUGUUAAUGCUUUCAGUAAGCAACACAGUUUACUACACCAUAGUAACAUUAUAACACAGUACAAGAUUGUUACAUGACUUCAAUGGCUGAUCAGAAUUUGUUUCUGUUCAAAUAUUAGUUUGAUCUGUUACACAAUAGGAUCAUCUCUUUUACUGACUAUGAUAAAGAAGAAGAAAAAAGAAAUUUUAAGUGUUGAAGCCAUUUUGCGUAGGUUGGAAAAGCGGCUAUGUGGGAAGUUAUAUGAUUAUCAUAGUGUUAAUGCUUUGAAACAGAUCAUGGAAUCCAUUGUGAAAAAACGUUCUUGAUGCAUGAUAAACUAUCACAUAAAUUGUACAGUAUGUUGUAAUUAAGUUGAGUUUUAUCAUGUUUUCCCUGAUCUAACCUCAAAUUUUAUUAUCGCUUUCAUUUUCCAUUGAUUUUUAAAGAAACAUUGAAAUGAACAUUUUUAAUUUUUUGCAUUUAUAAUUAUUGUCCGUUGUACGAAAAAUGAAUAGUUGUUCAAUGUAUGAAAUGCAAAAUUACUCUGCAAUAAAAAGGAAAUCUGAAAA